AUGACCUGGUUUGACUACCGUGAUACCCCAAUGCCAGGCCUUUCGCCCGACACCGACUCGAUAACGGCAACAUGGAAGAAGCGCAAGCGGGACCAUGAAGAGACAGUGACUCUAGCUCGUCCAACAACCUUCACCCCAGCCGCCUUUCGAGUAGACCGCCCCGAAUUCGACGGCUGCUCACAUCCUCUAUCACGACACCCCGAGGGGGCUGACAUUUCCUUCCGACCACGCUGCCUCCCACGCAAGCGGAGAAACGUCCAGAGUCCCUACCUGAGUCUCCAACAUCAACAACAAUCAACACAUCUCUCCCCAAACGUCUACGCCCCCAACAUCGACCCCUACUCGCCCCCAGUCUCACCGCGGACCCUCGUCCCCCUCAAAUACCCAGGCCAGACUCAAGCCUCUGCAUCCCCGUCCGCCCUACGCCCCUGUCACAUCUGCCACCGACGCCCAACAACUAGACAGGUUCUCGACGCCUACGCAGACUGCGACCUGUGCCACGAGCGGGCAUGUUUCAUCUGUCUCCGACAAUGCGAUACCGUCAAUUGCGGAGGAACCUUUGGUCUGGCGGAUGGCAUGCACGAUGCAGAUAUCAACAGUUUAAACGGCUACGACGCCGGCGGGGAGGCUCCAUCCCGUCGUAAAAUCUGCUCCAGCUGUGCGGUCGAGGACGUCACGGAAACUGGCGCCGAGAUUGUUCGCUGUCUCGAUUGCAUGCGGGAACAGUCCCGUUCACAUGCUGCCUGGUCUGCUCGGAGUAUUCCUUCUGCGUGGACUUUGGACGAUUUGAGACAUGAGGAUAUGACGGGAUGA